AGUUCUGUUUUAGUUGCUGUUUAAAAUCAUUGUAGAGAAGAACGCUGAAAUUUGGAAAAACAUGUUAGAAACUAUAGACAAAAAUCGGGCCCUGCAGGCCGCAGAGCGUUUACAAGCCAAGCUGCGAGAACGCGGGGAUGUAGCAAAUGAAGACAAACUGAGCCUUCUAAAGUCAGUCUUGCAGAGCCCGCUCUUCAGUCAGAUUCUGAACCUUCAGACUUCAGUACAGCAGCUGAAAGACCAGGUAAACAUUGCAACUUCGGCAAUUUCAAAUGUUGAAUAUGCCCACAUUCCACAUCUCAGCCCAGCUGUAAUUCCUACUCUGCAAAAUGAUUUAUUUUUAUCAUCCUCAAAUAAUGGGAAUCUGGAAGCAUUUACAGGAUCUAGUACUCCACACAUCAAUGGAAAACCUGCUUGUGAUGACUUUGAUCAACUAAUCAAAAAUAUGGCCCAGGGUCGCCAUGUAGAAGUUUUUGAGCUCCUCAAACCUCCAUGUGGGGGCCUUGGUUUUAGUGUUGUGGGACUUAGGAGUGAAAACCGGGGAGAACUGGGAAUAUUCGUGCAGGAGAUUCAAGAGGGCAGCGUAGCUCACAGAGAUGGAAGAUUGAAGGAAACUGAUCAGAUCCUUGCCAUCAAUGGACAGGCACUUGAUCAGACAAUUACACAUCAGCAGGCUAUCAGCAUCCUGCAGAAAGCCAAAGAUAAUGUCCAGCUAGUUAUUGCCAGAGGCUCAUUGCCUCAGCUCAUCAGCCCCAUAGUUUCCCGUUCUCCAUCUGCGGCCAGCACAGUUUCUGCUCACUCUAACCCGGUUCACUGGCAGCAUGUAGAAACUAUUGAAUUGGUGAAUGAUGGGUCUGGACUAGGGUUUGGCAUUGUCGGAGGAAAAGCAACUGGUGUGAUAGUAAAAACCAUUCUACCUGGAGGAGUAGCUGACCAGCAUGGGCGAUUAUGCAGUGGAGACCACAUUUUAAAGAUUGGUGACACUGAUCUGGCAGGAAUGAGCAGUGAGCAAGUAGCACAAGUGCUCAGGCAGUGUGGAAAUAGGGUCAAACUGGUGAUUGCAAGAGGUGCCAUAGAAGAAGCAGCAGCACCUGCCUCUGUGGGCAUCACCCUUUCCUCAUCCGCAUCUACGCCAGAAAUGCGGGUUGAUGCUUCUACUCAGAAAAGUGAAGAAAGUGAGACAUUUGAUGUAGAACUCACUAAAAAUGUCCAAGGACUAGGAAUUACCAUUGCUGGUUACAUUGGAGAUAAGAAAUUAGAGCCUUCAGGAAUCUUUGUAAAGAGCAUUACAAAGAGCAGUGCUGUUGAACAUGAUGGAAGAAUCCAAAUUGGAGACCAAAUUAUAGCAGUAGAUGGCACAAACCUUCAGGGUUUUACCAAUCAACAAGCAGUAGAGGUGUUGCGACACACAGGACCAACUGUGCACCUGACACUAAUGAGGAGAGGAACGAAGCAAGAGGCUGAGCUGGUGUCAAGGGAAGAUGUCAUGAAGGAUGCGGUCUUAUCUCCUGGGAAUGCCAGCGGAAGCAAAGAAAAUUAUGAAAAAGAUGAAGAUUCUCCAUCUUUGAGUAGAAACACCAGCAUAUUACCAAUUGAAGAAGAAGGUAAACACCUGGAGCCAGGGUAUCCAUUAUUGGCAGCAGAGAUGGCAGAAACAGAAGACCCACAACAACAGGAAGCUGCCCUGCUGACGAAGUGGCAAAGGAUUAUGGGAAUUAAUUAUGAAAUAGUGGUGGCCCACGUGAUCAAGUUCAGUGAGAGCAGUGGGUUGGGGAUAAGUCUGGAAGCAACAGUGGGACAUCACUUUAUCCGAUCUGUUCUACCAGAAGGUCCUGUUGGACACAGUGGGAAGCUUUUCAGUGGAGAUGAGCUAUUGGAAGUGAAUGGUAUAACUUUGCUUGGGGAGAAUCACCAAGAUGUGGUGAAUAUUUUGAAAGAAUUGCCCAUUGAGGUGACAAUGGUGUGCUGUCGACGGACUGUACCGCCCACUCCCCAGUCAGAAUUGGAUAGCCUGGACUUAUGUGAUAUUGAACUGGCAGAAAAGCCGCACGUAGAUCUGGGCGAGUUCACCGGGUCCUCGGAGACAGAGGAUCCUGCGCUGGUGAUGACCGACGUGGGUCAGAAUGCGGCAGAGGUUCAAGGACCUUUGGCCAUGUGGGAGGCUGAUGUUCAGCAUAUCGAGCUGGAGAAAGGAAACAAAGGACUUGGGUUUAGCAUCUUAGAUUAUCAGGAUCCCAUUGAUCCAGCAAGCACUGUGAUUGUAAUUCGUUCUUUGGUGCCUGGGGGCAUUGCCGAAAAGGAUGGUCGACUUCUUCCUGGAGAUCGACUCAUGUUUGUCAAUGAUGUUAACUUGGAAAACAGCAGUCUUGAGGAAGCUGUGCAGGCGCUGAAGGGUGCGCCGUCAGGAACUGUGAGAAUUGGAGUAGCCAAGCCUUUACCUCUUUCACCAGAAGAAGGUUAUGUUUCUGCUAAGGAAGAUUCCUUUCUCUACUCGCCACACUCCUGCAAGGAGGAAGGGUUGGCUGACAAAGCCCUCUUCAGGGCUGACUUGGCUCUGGUGGACACAAAUGAGGCUGACUUAGCAGAUGAAUCUACAUUUGAGUCUCAGUACUCUCCUGAUAAUGACAGUAUCUACUCCACUCAAGCCUCUAUUUUAUCUCUUCAUGGCAGUGCUUGUAGCGAUGGCCUGAACUAUGGUCCCUCCCUUCCAUCUUCUCCUCCCAAGGAUGUUACUGAGAAUUCUUCAGAUCCAGUACUUGAUCUGCACAUGUCCUUGGAGGAACUGUACACCCAGAAUCUCCUGCAAAGACAGGACGAGAGUCCACCUUCAGUGGACUUGACCAUGGGACCUGCCUCUGGCUUUACCGUAAAUGAUUAUACACCUGCAAAUGCUAUUGAACAGCAAUACGAAUGUGAGAACUCGAGAGCAUGGACUGAAUCUCACCUGCCAACUGAAAUGACAUCCAGUGCAGAGCUUACUUCUGUGCUUCCUGAUUCAGCUGGAAAGGGCUCCGAGUUCUUAAUUCAGCAGAACUCCCUGACCUCAACUGCUGAGUGCGUCAUGCUCCAAAAUAUAACCAACGAAUCUUUUGAGAGGACUAUUACUAUAGCAAAAGGCAAUUCUAGCCUAGGGAUGACAGUAAGUGCUAAUAAAGAUGGCUUGGGGAUGAUCGUUCGAAGUAUCAUUCACGGAGGUUCCAUCAGUCGAGAUGGCCGGAUUGCCGUUGGGGACUGCAUCUUGUCUAUUAAUGAAGAAUCUACUAUAAGUUUAACCAAUGCCCAAGCGCGAGCGAUGUUGAGAAGACACUCUCUCAUCGGGCCUGACAUUAAAAUUACUUAUGUGCCUGCAGAACAUUUGGAAGAGUUCAAAAUAAAUUUGGGGCAACAAUCUGGAGGAAUAAUGGCACUGGAUAUAUUUUCUUCAUAUACUGGCAGAGACAUUCCAGAACUACCAGAGCGAGAAGAAGGAGAGGGAGAAGAAAGUGAGCUUCAAAAUGCAGCAUACAGUAAUUGGAAUCAGCCCAGACGGGUUGAACUUUGGAGAGAACCAAGCAAAUCCUUGGGCAUCAGCAUUGUUGGUGGACGAGGCAUGGGGAGUCGUCUAAGCAACGGUGAAGUGAUGAGGGGCAUUUUCAUCAAACAUGUUCUUGAAGAUAGUCCAGCUGGCACAAAUGGAACCUUGAAACCCGGAGAUAGAAUAGUAGAGGUGGAUGGAAUGGACCUCAGAGAUGCAAGCCAUGAACAAGCUGUGGAAGCCAUUCGGAAAGCAGGCAACCCCGUAGUCUUUAUGGUACAGAGCAUUAUAAACAGACCAAGGAAAUCCCCUUUGUCUUCCUUGCCGCACAACCUUUACCCUAAGUACAACUUCAGCAGCACUAACCCAUUUGCUGAUUCUCUUCAGUUCAACGCUGACAAGGAAUUACAGAAUUCAAGUAGAGUUAUCUUCCGUUGUUCCCCAACUAACCCUUUUGCUCCCACACCAUUUAAGGCACCCAGUCAGUCAGAAUCAGAGCCGGAAAAGGCUCCAUUGUGCAAUGUGCCUCCACCCCCUUCUUCAGCGUCUAAAGAAAUGAGCAGCGAUCAUACACAGUCAUCCACAAGCAAAGUCUCAGAAGAUGUGGACAAAGAGGAUGAGUUUGGUUACAGCUGGAAAAAUAUCAGAGAGCGUUAUGGAACCCUAACAGGAGAGCUCCAUAUGAUUGAACUGGAGAAAGGUCGUAGUGGUUUGGGUCUAAGUCUUGCUGGAAACAAAGACCGAUCCAGGAUGAGUGUCUUUAUAGUGGGGAUCGAUCCAAAUGGAGCAGCUGGGAAAGAUGGUCGACUGCAGAUUGCAGACGAGCUUCUAGAGAUCAAUGGUCAAAUUUUAUAUGGAAGAAGUCAUCAGAAUGCUUCUUCAAUCAUUAAAUGUGCCCCUUCUAAAGUAAAAAUAAUUUUUAUCAGAAAUAAAGAUGCGGUGAGUCAGAUGGCUGUAUGUCCUGGAAAUACAGUAGAACCUUUGCCUUCUACCUCAGAGAAUUCUCAGAAUAAGGAGGCCGAACCAAGUGUGACUACUUCUGAGGCACCUGUGGACCUCUGUUCAUUCACAAACGUGCAGCAUCUGGAGCUUCCCAAGGAUCAAGGGGGUUUGGGCAUUGCUAUCAGUGAAGAAGAUACGCUCAGCGGAGUCAUCAUAAAGAGUCUGACAGAACACGGGGCAGCAGCCAAGGAUGGACGGCUGAAAGUUGGAGAUCAGAUAUUGGCUGUAGAUGAUGAAGUUGUUGUUGGCUAUCCUGUUGAAAAGUUCAUUAGCCUUUUGAAAACAGCAAAGACAACAGUGAAACUUACCAUUCGUGCUGAGAAUCCAGACUCCCAGGCUGUUGCUUCAGCAGCUGGUACAGCCAGUGGAGAAAAGAGCAGCUCCUUGUCUCCGAUGCCCCCAGCUUCUGGCUCCCCGGAACCGGAGUCCAUCCGAAGUACAAGCAGAUCAUCAACACCAGCGAUCUUUGCUUCUGAUCCUGCAACCUGCCCCAUUAUCCCAGGCUGUGAAACAACAAUUGAGAUUUCCAAAGGGCGAACAGGGCUGGGCCUGAGCAUUGUUGGAGGGUCCGACACUCUGCUGGGUGCCAUUAUUAUCCACGAAGUUUAUGAAGAAGGAGCAGCGUGUAAAGACGGGAGACUCUGGGCUGGAGAUCAGAUUUUAGAGGUGAAUGGAAUUGACUUGAGAAAGGCCACACAUGAUGAAGCAAUAAAUGUCCUGAGACAGACGCCACACAGAGUACGCCUGACGCUGUACAGAGAUGAGGCCCCCUACAAGGAGGAGCAUGUGUGUGAUACCCUCACUAUUGAGCUACACAAGAAGCCGGGGAAAGGCCUGGGAUUAAGUAUUGUUGGGAAAAGAAGUGAUAGUGGAGUAUUUGUAUCCGACAUUGUCAAAGGAGGGAUUGCAGAUGCUGACGGGAGACUGGUGCAGGGGGACCAGAUUUUAACGGUGAAUGGAGAAGAUGUCCGUGAUGCCACCCAGGAAGCUGUGGCUGCUUUGCUGAAGUGUUCCCUGGGCACGGUAACCUUGGAAGUCGGAAGAAUCAAAGCAGGUCCAUUCCAUUCGGAGAGGAGGCCUUCUCAAAGCAGCCAGAUGAGUGAAGGCAGCCUGUCAUCAUUCACUUUUCCACUUUCUGGAUCCAGUACAUCGGAGUCACUGGAAAGUAGUUUGAAGAAGAAUGCAUUGGCAUCUGAAAUACAGGGAUUAAGGACAGUUGAAAUAAAAAAGGGGCCUGCUGACUCCCUGGGAAUCAGCAUUGCUGGAGGAGUGGGCAGCCCUCUUGGUGAUGUUCCUAUAUUUAUUGCAAUGAUGCACCCAAAUGGAGUUGCAGCUCAGACCCAAAAACUCAGAGUUGGGGACAGGAUCGUCACUAUCUGUGGCACAUCCACUGAGGGGAUGACUCAUACCCAAGCAGUUAACUUACUGAAAAAUGCCUCUGGCUCCAUUGAAAUGCAGGUAGUUGCUGGAGGAGACGUGAGUGUGGUCACGAGUCACCAGCAGGAGCCUGCUGGUUCUAGUAUCCCUUUCACGGGGCUCACGUCAAGCGGUAUAUUUCAGGAUGAUUUAGGGCCUCCUCAGUGUAAAUCUAUUACACUAGACCGAGGACCAGAUGGCUUAGGCUUCAGUAUAGUAGGAGGAUAUGGCAGCCCUCAUGGAGACUUACCCAUUUAUGUUAAAACAGUGUUUGCGAAGGGAGCAGCGUCGGAAGAUGGGCGUCUCAAAAGGGGUGAUCAGAUCAUUGCUGUCAAUGGGCAGAGUCUGGAAGGGGUGACCCAUGAAGAAGCUGUUGCCAUCCUUAAGCGGACAAAAGGAACUGUCACCUUGAUGGUUCUCUCCUGACUACUGCAGAGUUGAGUCAACUCAACCAACCCCUCGCUCACCUCCCACACCGUGGAGAGAAUGGGUCUUGUGGACACCUUUCCCCUUGCGGUCUUCAGCAGGCUUUUCAAAACUCUGGGUGGGGGAAGUACCAUCUAAAUUUGUUUUUCUCGUGUGGAAAUGAUUCUCUUACCACCUAGUGUCAUUUUGCCUUUCUCCUUGGAUCUUGUGAACGUACACUUAAAGAGAAGGACUGUGUGCAUAGGUAAAUCCAGCCUUUGUUUGUAAAGAUGUCUGACAACUUGUCAUCACAUCUGCAGAAAAUGCGAUACGCUGAACUGGUUAGUAGAGAAAAAAAUAGUCUAAAGCUAACCUAAGAGAAAUGGCUUUAAUAAAUUAGGGUAAAAAUGAAAAUAUAAAAUAAAGAAGAAAUCUCAAGUGUCAUAAAAAAUGCCUCAUUUUGUCAGUCCAACUCCUCUCCCCAUUGCUAAAUAAAAAAGGAAAUUAAACAGUUUUUCCAUUGAAAAAUCUUUAAAAAUACUCUCAGUAGUUACAAUAUUGAAUAUUAUAGAAAAAUUGCAUCUCCUCACCUUUAAAAUACACAUAUACAUUUUAUCCUAAAAUGGGUUUCUAAGAUUGAGUAAAUAGCAGUUAAAUGAAGCAGUGUCCCUAAGUUUGUAAAGAAAAUGUUUGAUGCAAAUCUUGAUGUUCAUUUUUAUUUUUGACCUGUGAUAAAAUAUUUUCAUGUUUCUGUAAGUACAGUGGUGAUGCCACCCGCUAUUGACUGUAGUUUCUCUAGAACGCGUCCAAGCUGACCACGGAGGAACAUAGACGUCUCUCAGAAUCUUUAAUGCUGGUUGUAACCGAUGCAACACUAAAAAUGUGUUAGCGCGCUGUGCAAUUGGUUUUCAAUUACUAUUAAUCUUAAUGACAGAGAAAAAAGCAAUGUGUUAGUAAUUAUUUUGGUUGUGUGCCAUCAGUAAAUUGAUAGAAAAAUUAAGGGGAUUAACAUAACUUCAUUUCAUUGCCUUAUAUUAACAUCUUAUAAUACAAUAGUUUAAGACUAAGGGAAACAGAUGGAGCUGUUUAUUGAGACAACUGGUGAGGAAUUAUCAUGUGUUCAUUCCCAUUUUAGAGCGUGAAACUCCUACAUUAGAAUAUAUGAAGUCACUUUAAAUAUUAUCUAUAUUUGUAACAGAAGUAGUGUACAGAUAUUUUAUUACAGCACUUUUGUGUAAAUGCAGAAUUGGAGUGAAUAAAUAAGAAGUUUCAUGGUGCACGAAGAAA